CGGCAAAUCGUGCGCAUCAUCCUGCACAAGUGCAGAGCAGAGGAGCGGCAGAGGAGAUGGCGAAGCAGCAGCAGCAGCAGCUUUGCGUGGUGUUCCUGGUGGCGUUCCUCGUCGUAUCUGCCAUGAACGCUGUCCACGUGGACGCAGGGAGGGCGCUGGCGCAGGUGAGCUACGGAGCCCUGAUCCCCGGCGGCACACCGUCCGUGCCUCGUGGCCAGCCGUACUCUGGCAGCGGGUGCGCCAAGAUCUACGGAUGUAAACCACCUCCGGCUGGGGCGCCAUGAUCCCGCGACUGAUAAUUUCCGGUGCAGACCAAGACGCCUACGACUACGAGAAUGGCGAGUCGGAAUAAAUAGAAUAGCUAGCCCAAAGCUAUAAUUACAUGGUGGCUGUACCGUGUUGUAGGUGCAUGUGCGCGCGCGCCUAGAUGACUAGAUCCUGGGAUGGUGCUACAGAAAUAGUAAUGACUGUCGGACCAUCACCGCCGAUUUAAAUGCUCCACAACCCAUCUAACUUAAAACCGGCCGCCGGUUGGUAUUGUAACUCGACGGGAUAGCAUCACCGCUAGACUUUAAGACGCACCGGCGGUGGAAGUGGGUUGCAGACCUGAAAAAACAGUUGAAUGGAGUUAAAUUUGUCUCGCGUCCGA